UCUAUCCAGAGAGGUUUGCAGCUCUUGAGAGCACGGACGAAGAAUUUGACAUUUAGCAUGAGUAUACCCAAGAAAAUAUUUAAAACAGAGCAAUUCCAAAGACAUUGCUGUGUCCCGUUUUGUUCGGCUUCCUCCAAAUGUAAUAGUUUUCAUUCUUUUCCUACCGAUUCCGACUUGAGAAAACAAUGGCUGAUAAACAUACGGCGUGAUCCAUACACAGUUACCGCUCACACCAAAGUUUGCAGCGGACAUUUCACUUCUGAUCAGCUCAUAGAGCCAACAUCUCUGAAAGGCGGUCGGAGGCUGGUUAAAGGUGCUGUACCAACAUUGUUUGAAUGGAAUAUCUGUGAAGGUAAAACAGAACCACCGCCUCCUCUACAAGUACAAGAAUGGCACAGUUUACAGAAGGACCAUAAUUACUGCUUCAUCCCCGGGCCCCCUGAAAAGAAAAGGUCAUCAUCUUCUAAAUUGGACAUGUCAAUAUCAGCAACAGAAGACCAGUCCAAAUACGUGAAGAACCUGAGGAAAAACAUUUGGGAGCAAUUUAUCAAGCAAGAGUUUUGUUUACAACGGUUUGCAGGCUCUGAUGAAGACAUCCAGUUUUAUACCAGAUUUCCAAGCUACAAACAUUUGAUGGCAUUUUGGUUCUUGAUUGAGCCUUGGAUUCAUAAAAUGGUCAGGAUGUCAAGAGCUAAAUUAGCUGCUAAGGGAAAUGAAGAAAUGAUGAUCUCUGCACCGUCAUCAGAGAGGCAGCAUCUUCAACCUGUUGACGAGUUCUUUCUUUUCCUCAUUUUUCUGUCACUUGGUAUGAAAGAAAAGGAUCUUGCAAUUCGAUUCAACACUCACCAGUCCAUCGUGAGCCGCAUUAUUGCAAUGUGGACAAAUUUUCUUUUCACUGUUCUGGGGUCUCAGUGCAUCUGGCUUACACGGCAGAAAGUACAAGCUUAUCUCCCUGAGGAAUUUAUGGAUUUCCCUGACACCCAGGUGAUCCUGGACUGUACAGAGCUGAGGUGUCAAAUGCCAUCUUCACCUCUUCCCCAGAGGGACAUGAACCCCUCUCACAGAUCCCUCUGCACCAUGAGAGCCUUGAUUGGCAUAGCUCCACACGGUGCUGUAACAUUCAUCUCUGAUCUAUAUAGAGGUUCAUUCAGUAUUAGCGAGCUAUUCAAACGCUCUGGCAUUGCUGAAAACUUGACCGAAGACAUGGCAGUGAUGGUAAAUAAGGGCUUCCUGAUUAGGGAUUGUUGUGAGUGUAAAGUGUACUCCCUUUCUUUUCUGUCCAAGCACCCAGGAGACCAGGCCACAGCAAGACUCAAAAUGCAUGUGGAGCAAGUCAUUGGGAGGGUAAAACAGAAUAAACUUUUUCAUGGCAUUGUCUCUCUGUCACAGGCCUACAGCAUUAACCAGCUGUUUGUAGUUGCAUGUUUGCUGUCAAAUUAUCAGAACACUGCUUUAGUUAAUAAAGUGGUUCAUUGAGGAUCUGUGGGCUUAAGCCACAAAAUGAACACAAAGAUUUGAUCUACGAAGCUGUGAAAAAAACUACUUGCAACAGAUAAAUUUCUGUCACUUGAGUCGAAAGCAGACAAGAAAACUGAUUCUGUUGUGCUGCUAAAUUAGUUCUUGAAAGAUAGUUGGAACUCAUUCUGUGUUGAGAAAUGCUUUAUGUUAGAUAUGGUUUUGCAGUUUGGCAUUGUAUUCUUCACUAAGUUUGACUAUUGUUUGAAUUAAACUAGUUUUUAUGUUUUGAAUCUGAAGCAGACUGACGUGAAUUGGAUUUAUUUCAAUAAAGUUUUGGUUGCUGAAUUGGAAUAUUUGAUAGAAAUUCUAUACUUGUCUUGUCAAAUGCAUUGAGAUUAUACUACAAAAAAGCUGAAUAAAAAAUACUGUACUAAGGUAAUUGAAAUAAUUUGUAAAGUUCAUCUCUUAAAAUCCUGUGUUUAACUGCAGAUCCAUGUUUUGUCAUCAACGAUCAUAAAGAAAAAUAAGUGAUUUCAUAAAUAUUCACUUACUGAAACGUGACUGACCUAAUUCAACAGAGGUCCAAUUGGCCCAAUUGGUGCUAAUAGUCUCACAGUGAGAGAAAUGGAUAUCACCUGAUUGCUGUGAGUGUCUUGAGUCAUUGUAAUAGAAAGGAAUCUUUUUUCACUUUGACAUUAAAGUUGUUUUUUUUUUUGUUUUUGUCACAAAAGCCAAAUUUCUUUGAGUCAAAUUUUAUAGCUUUCUAAAAGUAAUAAAAAUGGAUAUAAUAUUCAAAGAGGUGAAUACUUUUUAUAGGCACUAAAAGCUUUGGGGUUUAUCUGAUUAAAUGUACUUAAAUUAAAAGGUGUAAAUUGUAUUUACAUAAGUAUUUUGUUGGUCUCACAUGACUGCAUGAUUAAUUCAGUGGCCUACACAACCUGUAAAUCCAUUUCAAGCUUCUGAAGCUUUGCUUCAAACAUAUUCUUAGCAUUGUUUUGGUGACUAACACACCCUGCAAACAUAGGAAACACAUUUGUUAUUAGUGCUGUCACUGUUUACAUGUAAAAAUUGAAUAUGCAGAAAAUUCUCGUGCUGAGUUUUGCAUAAUAAGCAGUUCGUUCCACUGUGUGAAACAGUACCUGCUACCUAACAAGAUUAAUCAAAGAGCUUAAGCUGAAAAAAAUUAGGAUGUAGAUUUUAAAUUUAACAUCACCUUCAUGGAAAGAACCCAAUAGGAGCAUGGUUCAGUGCCAUGGUUACUGAUCCAUCUUUUGAAAAAGAGACCUUUUGUUUAGUGUGCCUUCAAACCACUACUACAACAAUUUUGAUGAAACAACCUUAAUAACUGCAAUACCAAAUUGAUUUAUGUGGUCAGUAUGAACUUUAAAUUAAAAAAAAUGUUGUCAUUUAUGAAAUUAUUCAAAUGGUUAGACUUGAUAUGUUUUUAGUUACGUUUUUGACAAUGCUCCACUGACUUGAACCCCAUGAAUGGGACAAACAACUUCUCACAUCUACACAUUUAGUGUGUGUGGUGACUCACUUUUCCUCAUUGUCCUGCAGCACUAUGUUCUUACUGACUUCUCCUGAAAAAAACUAUUUUUAGUGAACACUGAAUAAAAUCACAAGUACAAGUCUCAUUAGGAUUGUUUCUGCUUCUGGGGCCAUGACCCCAGUCAUAUAAUGAAACCCCAAGUGUAAUCUUAAGAUCAUUUUAAAAACCAUUUGUUAGAAGGCAAACUGGAGAAAAUAGUAAACACUUAGAAAACACGGCCAGAAGUAACUGUCCAAAUAUUGGCACAUAUGCAGUCUGUCUAUUACGGCUGCAUGAUAUUAGAAGAUCAUCUACUGAGAACAUUGUUUUUAAAUAUUAUGAUAAUGAUGAUACUAGUCGCAAUACAUUUGAAUUUUGUCCACUCCUGCCUUUCCCUGAUCUAAAUCCCAUAGUGAAUCUGCAGAAUAUUGUCAAGAGGAAGAUAAAAAUAAAAUUAAAAAAAAACAUGCGACAAUGCAGAUAAGCUGAAAGCCACUAUUAAGCAAUCUGCAGUGGGAGUUCUUGCCACAGGAGGCUAAGUCUUAUAUUGGGUGAAUAUAAUGUAGAGUACCAGGACAUAUUUUUCUCUAGGCAGACAUUUCUGUUUUGAAACCCAUCUUCUUUGUAUCUUUUGUAAUACAAACUUUUAAAAACCUGAUUUUUGGUUUUUGUAAAUUAUAAUCAAAAUAAUAACGAAAGUAACAGAAAUAGAUCUGUUAAAUCAGGUGUGUUCAUCCAUCCAUUACUCUGUGUAUCUACAUGAAUUACUAAAGUAAGCUUCCAACGUACAAUCACAAUAAUGUUUUAGAUUCUAUUUGUGUUUUAGUUUCUAUAUGCUUUAAAAAAUAACUAAAUAAAUAUGAGGAAGUGAACACAUAGCCUAAACUAAAAGCAGGCAGUCUCUGUAUCUCAGGUCAGAGCAAAAAACAGGCAAGACACUAUUGAAGAUUUUUAAAAGGACAUUUUCUUCAUCAACUUACAUAGAAGGCUACUUACUUAUUCUCAUUACAAAAGUACAGGAACAUACGCUUUAAGGCCCCUGAUUUAUGUGACAACAUGACCAUUUCUUUCUGAGAUAUCUUUCUCUUUCAUGUUGAAUAAAUAUCAGGGAUUUAAAUUAAAUAUUUUAGUUUCAAGAAAAGGGAGAGAGACAAACCAACAACUAAGUUCUUCUCUUGGCAAGGGAUAUUGGUAUUGCUACCACCACCUACACUGGACGGUUCCAUACUAGCAAAACAUUCAAAGCGGCCUAUGAUGUGCUCUUUCAUUUAAUCUGGGAUUUAUUUGUGGUUGGCUAAGCAUCAAUAUGUAUUCAUAUUUAUACAUAUCCACACAGUGUAUAUUGAUGAGCACCACAGGUUUUAUCUUUUCCAGUGGAAUCCAAAUGUGACCAAGAUACAGCGUUCCUGUGUCCAGGAAGCAAUAAAUAGUUUAUAUUUCCCAGGAAGAAGGAAAUCUUCCACCUCCAGGAAGAGAAAAAUAGGCAAGUGGUUUUAAAUUAAGCCUGUUUAAAUGGUGUUCUUAGUGACAUUUGCACUAAGCAUAUAAUACAAACUGACAAGACUUUAGGUAACAGUAUUAGGUGUCAAAUUUAUGUUAUUGGAGCUGAGAAUGUGAGAUCUCAUAGUUUGGGUCAUUUAUGUUUUCUACAUAAAUGCAGUUUUAAAGCCUUGUUCAAAUCAGUUCUCCAUUUUCAGAAUCUUUUAGGAUCAACCCAGGCACCAAGACUAUACUUCAGAAGAUAAAUAUAUUUAGCAUUAAAAGUUAGUCAUGCUAGUACUCUUGUGCUAAUUAUGUUUUCUUAUUAAAAUGUAAUACUGCUAACAUGCCAACUAAGCAAAGUAAGCCAGUCUGACCUAAUAAAUGAAGAAGUAAUUAUUUCUAUCAUUAAUUUUUUGCUCUUUGUUUUCACACGUCUUAGAAAAUACUCCAAGAUGCAAUUUUCUCGUGUUUGUCUAUCUCUUUGCUGGCCACUCAAUGUCUGAAUUGUCACAACAGCUGAACAGAUGGUCACUUGUCCUGAUCCUGGUUCUGUUGGAGGUUUCUUCUUCUUAAAAUUGAGUUGAUUCUCUCCACUAUCCCUUAGUGCUUGCUCCGGAUUAGUUAGACCAUGGAAGUAAAAUUUCAUUGCAAUCUGAUGGAUUUGACAUUUAAUGAUCCACUGAAUCUGGCUGUAGUAAUGUGAAUCCACUGCCUUGCACUGUACAUAACAGGAUUUAAAUUGGGCCUAUAAUUUGCUUUGACAUGACGCAUCUUAACUAGAGCAAUAUAAAUUAAUUUAAUUGGGAAAAGACAAGCAAAUGUGCUGGAGGGUUAACACUUUUAUUGCAAGAUUAAAUAUCAAGAUAAAUACUUUCAGUUAAAUUUUAAGGUCUUGCUUAAAAAAACAAUUUGCUUGUCUGCACUAGUAAAAUACUGGCAUUAGUUUUAUUGCGUUUCAUUUUCACACAGUCAUGUUUUGAAGUUGAUGAACCCCUGGUAGAAUACAGGUGACAGGCAAGACACUGAUGAAGUGGAGUUUAAUCAAGCAAAAAAAACCGAAUAAAAUAAAUAAAUAAUUCCAGAGUUACAAAUAAAACUGUUUAGAACAGGUGAGUCUAAUUAAAUGUGCUGCAGGUUUGUGGGGGGUCAACGCUAGAGAAGCUGAAGGAUGAUGGCCAAACAAUACACAGUAAAAACAAAUGAAAGAAUAAACAUAACCAAGAAGAACACAAAACUCAAAACCAGAAUGACUAAACUCAGUCCAUAGCAGUUAUUUCUGUUUUUGUGCCAGAUUGUUUUCUUGGAACAAGAAAAGGUUUUGCUUUUUCACGAUUUUUAUUAAAUAUUCAUAAAUAAACCAAUGAACAUUUGUGCAAUAAAAUCUAGCAUUUUUGGAAGAAUUUAGCUUUCCCAAUACUGCAUCAAGUGAAUGACAUUGAAACUCAUGCUUUGACAUCAUCUGAAUUUGCCUUCAAGUCAGUGUGGUGCCACAAAGUCCAUCAGAUGAAAUGUACUCCCCUGUGUUACCACAGGCCAUGUCAUGAACACAGUGCCAACGGUGUCAGUGGGAGUCAGUGGGAUCUGCAUGUUCUGAAACACUUCACUCUGCCAAAUUGUAAUCAUCUGGUGUUGUGGGAGUAGUUUAUAGCUGCCAGGAAUUUAUUCAUUAUUUUAAAUUCUAGUAUUAUCUUAUUCAGGGACAUAAGAGACAAACAAACACACUCAUUCCUAUCUAAAAUUGGCAAUUAACCUACACUGCAUGUUUUUGCAGGUAAGCUGAGCACACACAAAAAUUAUAAAUAUUUAAGUUUAUAUACGUGUUUUUUCUCCAUAUGAAAUAUCACAAGCAAAAUAUUGAUAUAAUACAGAAGAAAAAUGAUCUGGCAGAUCAGUUAGCCAUCUUCCUUAUUUAUAUUUUCAUUUUAAGAGUAGUCCUAGAAUCUCACUCUGUCACAAUAACACUCUGUAUGUGUUACUUCGUUUUAUCCAUUAGCCUUCUCUGUGUUCUUCUUUCUUCCUUUUUGGCAGCCCAUACUUUAAAUCUUCUGUUCAAAACAUAAAGCUAUGAAAAUAUUUCCCCCUUUACAGCUUUCUUAUGGUUAUGUUUUUUGUUAUAACUAAAUGUUUCAGAUAAUCAAACUGAUCUUGGUGUCAGACAAAUUUAACUCGGGUAAAUGCAAGCAACCGAUCCCCAAAAUUCAAAUUUUUCUUAUUAAGGAGAUAUAAAGCUAUACUUUGUAUAUAAAAAAGUACAUAUGGAUGAUGCAGCAGGUCAAUGAUUAUAAGCAUUUGCAUCUUACUGGCUUCCAAAAAUCCACAUGGAGGUAAAGUAAUUGAGGAGUGGCCUAUUCAAAGUUUUGACACUAAUCCAAACAAUCUAAAUUUCAUGUUUAAAGUGCAACUUUAAACAUGCAAUUUAUGAUCAAAUGUAGCUUUCAUUUAAACAAUAAUGUACAGAAAAGGAUUAAAACAUAUAUGUAAAAGACUUCUUGCAGGAUUGCGGGGAGCUAGCAUCCAUCCCCAGCAAACACAGGGUGAAGGUCAUGGUACACGCCAGGCAGGAUGAAAAUGGCAAAGCAGAACUAAUCUGUACGAAGGCAAAUAACAGUGCUAUAUUCAUAGCAUACAAUGUCUGUACACAAUUUUACAUUAGCUUUUUUUUAAUGAAUCACACCUGUUUUAUCACUUUACACUUUUUACUCCUCUAUCAAUGUUAUUGUUAUUUUCUUUGGAUUCAUUCGUUAAUAAAGUGAAUCAUGUCAUGCUUCCUUCAUCUUUUCUGCCCACAAGCUUCUGAUGGGAGCCAACAUUCCUCACGGAGAAAGAAACUUCUCCUGGAAGAUGUUGUCAGGACGACUGUGUUUCUAUUGGUGGCUAUGGAAGUACCAUGGCAACCAUAGACCUCAGUCCUCUUAGGUUCAUUAAGUGUUGGAGUCGGUGGCAUCAAGCAGCUGGUGAAGAACUCCAGGUAACAAACAUUUUAACUACAAAGUGUUUGGAAAAGUUUAAACCUGAAACAUCACACACUUUGCUGAGGUUUAGCUCAUCUGCACUGACUCAUUCAGGGUCUCUUUGUCCACCAAAUCAAUACAACCAUUCAACCAUUCUCUAAAUUUGUCUUUUUUCCUCAGGUGCCAGCGUUUCUUAAAAAAGGAAUGUGGAGGAUUAGACCACAAAAUGGAGAAAUCCUGAUCCCUCAAUUUAAUUCGAUCAUUCUUUCUAAAGCACCUGAUUAAAUAAAGAACACAUGCAAGCAAGCAUUGAGGGACAGCAUUGUUUGGGAUUAUGUUAACACAAAUAAGCCUAAAAGGCUUUGACGUUUUAUCUCUCCGGACAAAAGUCACAUGUUGGAGAUGAAGCUGCUGACGUUUUUUUUUCUGUUCAUUUCCAAAUCAAGUGUCCUAUUUUAAAUUUGUGGCUUUUUAUUAUGUGGGUGGGCUAAACAAAACGUGUGUGUCAGGGGGAUUUAUAAAAGGUCUGAAGGGUCGAAUCAGAUCUCAGUUGGAGAGUUUUAGCAUUAGAGGAGCUGUUUUCACUCAGAGAGAAGAAAUAAGAUGCAGAUCUCGCCUGUGCAGUUGUUUGCUGUGAUGGUUCUUGUCAUCUUUACCUCCGGCCACUGUCAACAGAAUGACAAUCGCCGAGCGGUGACUGAACACCAGCUGAUGCACGAUCGUGGUCGAAACAUCCAGAGUCUGAAAAGGCUCAUCUGGCUUUCCAGCGCUAUGGAGGGUCUUCACACGGCACAGACCCGCUCAGCUGCUGCUGCUACUGCUUUCACCCCUUCAAAGCUCCUGAGCUCCCCUCUGAAUCCAGUUCUGAUCCCAGCUGGAGAGAGCCCCCAAUCUCCUCAGGUCCAGAACAUGCUGAGAGACUUCUUUUAUCCCCAUUUGAAUCAUCUCUUGGAUGAAGAGCCCUAACACCAUGCAAAUGCACAUGAAACAUAAAAUAAAAUGCACAGAAAGA